AUGGGAAUUGGGAACGGUAUCCUGUUACCCUCCAUAAAUUACGGUAUUCAGGUGAUGGUAAACCCGGAGGACUCAGGUCUCGCCAUCAGACAAUCGGAGGACGCAAAGUCGGACGCGAGUCUCAGUGCUACAACUUACACCUCAAUCAGAAGUCUCGGAAUGUCUGUCGGCCUUGCGUUGGGGGGAGCUUUAUUCGAAAACUUCAUGGCUCGAAGCCUUCGGGAGAAUGGCAUUACUCUACAAGUUGCUCGAAACGCCGAGGGCUAUAUUUCGAUAUUGAAAAAUAUGGACCCGACAGACCAGAAUACGGUGAACAUUGUCGAUGGCUUCAUGAGCGGCUUCAAAGCCGUUUUCGUGAUGAACACCGUAAUAUCAGGUAUAGGAUUAAUGGUAUUCCUCUUAUUUUUGAGGAAUGAAAGGCACGAAGGCAGCAACGGCCAAAAUCAAUGUCGCCAACAAGCGCUUUCAACUCUACUUGUGGAGGGGCCCCGGGUCCCGUUGAAAGUACAUACAACCUAA